UUGGGAAUUCAGGAGCAACUCGGCUAUGGUGCUUGUCGAUCUGUGAACGAAUUUGUGAAGUUGAAUCGUAUUGGAGAAGGUACCUAUGGAAUUGUUUAUCGAGCAAGGGACUCUAAGAGUGGACAAGUGGUAGCCCUGAAGAAAGUUCGUGUCGAUAGCAAAAUGAGCGCUCAAAUGGGAAUUUCUGACUCUGCCCUUCGAGAAAUCGUUCUGCUAAAGAAAUUGAGGCACGAGAACAUUGUGGAACUGAAGGAGGUGGCAGUGUCACGUGACCCUCAGGGCAUGUUCCUUGUCAUGGAGUAUUGUGAGCAGGACCUCGCAAAGCUUCUUGAUGAAAUGGUGCAUCCCUUUACGGAACCACAAGUGAAAUGUCUCAUGCAGCAGUUAUUCAGAGCGCUCAACUACAUGCACAGCCAUUAUGUGCUUCAUCGGGACCUGAAGGUAUCAAAUCUGCUCCUUACCAGUCACGGUAUACUGAAGGUUGCCGAUUUCGGACUGGCAAGAGUCUUCGGUGAUCCUGACAUGAGUAUGACUCCGCGAGUAAUAACCCUGUGGUAUCGAUGUCCUGAACUGCUUUUUGGCAGUAAAACUCAAACAGCUGGUAUAGAUCAGUGGGCAGCCGGUUGUAUCUUGGGCGAACUCCUUCUUCAUCGACCUCUUUUGCCGGGAAAAAGUGACAUGGAACAGGUGCUGUGGGUGUUUUCCAAGGUUGCAGGAAACGUUGCCAUGCCUUGCCCAUCUACGAGAUAUAAAAUGCAUGUUUCGCAGAGGUGUGAGGUGCUGAGUGAUGCGCGCGAGUUGUGA